GUCCGGGCCUGGGCCACGGAACCGUCGAGGGGGCGGGGACGACGCUGGGGGCCGGGCCCUGGGGCCUGUGGGGCUCCGGGGACCGGCCCGAGUAGUGCCUCUGGGAGCAGACUGAUGGCAUGCUGACUCCCAGACUCUGAGACACUGUUGCUUCUAUAGAGAUGUCACACCGAGGUGGUGAACGAGACUUCCAGACUUCAGCCCGGCGCAUGGGCACCUCUCUGCUUUUCCAGCUGUCAGUUCAUGAACGGGAGCUGGACCUGGUGUUUUUGGAUCAUAGCUAUGCCAAGCCAUGGAGUGCUCACCCAGAUGCCAGCAGUGCCCGCCCAACCCGCAUGCUCUUUGUCACCCCCAGGCGUCACCAGGAUAGUACCAUUGAGGCAGACAUCCCUAUCGAUGUGGAGACUGUUACGUCUACCCCAGUGCCACUCUAUGACAACCAGAAGGCACGAAGUGUGAUGAAUGAGUGUGAACGCCAUGUCAUCUUUGCCCGGACUGAUGCAGAUGCUCCACCCCCACCUGAGGACUGGGAAGAGCAUGUUAACAGGACUGGUUGGACAAUUGCUCAGAACAAACUUUUUAACAAGAUUCUCAAAGCCUUGCAAUCUGACCGGCUGGCCCGGCUAGCCAAUGAAGGGGCUUGCAAUGAGCCUGUGCUGCGACGAAUUGCUGUGGAUAAGUGUGCAAGGAGAGUUCGGCAGGCACUGGCGAGUGUGAGUUGGGACAUUAAACUUGUCCAGUGGUUGCAUACAACAUUGGUGGAAACCCUGAGCCUACCCAUGUUAGCAGCAUACCUUGAUGCUUUACAGACAUUGAAAGGGAAGAUACCAACCUUGAUUGACCGAAUGUUGAUGUCCUCCACCACAAAGACGGGUGCGGCAGGAGCUGAAGCCUUGUCUCUUCUACUUAAAAGGCCCUGGGAUCCUGCUGUAGGAGUGCUUUCUCAUAACAAACCAAGCAAACUUCCUGGAUCUCCACUGAUUCUCAUUGCCUCCUCUGGUCCCUCAAGCUCCAUGUUCCCUACCUCUCGAAGACACCGCUUUUGGCAGUCACAACUCUCCUGCUUGGGCAAGGUCAUCCCAAUUGCCACCCAUCUCCUAAACAAUGGGAGUGGAGUAGGAGUUCUUCAAUGUCUUGAGCACAUGAUUGGGGCUGUUCGAGGCAAAGUACUAGAGAUUCAUAAUCAUUUCCCCCACAAACCUAUCAUCUUAAUUGGCUGGAAUACCGGAGCCUUGGUGGCAUGUCAUGUGUCAGUGAUGGAGUAUGUCACUGCAGUUGUCUGCCUUGGAUUUCCUCUGCUUACAGUGGAUGGGCCCAGAGGGGAUGUGGAUGACCCUCUCCUGGACAUGAAGACUCCAGUUCUCUUUGUUAUUGGCCAAAACUCCCUACAGUGUCAUACUGAGGCCAUGGAGGACUUUCGGGAGAAGAUCCGUGCUGAUAACAGCAUGGUGGUAGUUGGAGGAGCUGAUGACAAUCUCAGAAUAAGCAAAGCAAAGAAGAAGUCAGAAGGUCUGACUCAGAGCAUGGUGGACAGAUGUGUCCAGGAUGAGAUUGCAGACUUUCUGACUGGUGUGCUCACUCGUGCUGAGGGCCACAGUGGCUCAGAGCCUCGAGAUCAGGAUGCUGAGAAGAAGAAGAAACCGCGUGAUUCAGCCCGCCGAGACUUAGCUUUUGAACUUCCUGAACGGGGAAGCAGGCCUACCUCUCCUUCUGCUAAGCUUCCUGCUUCACCUUCUGGGUCUGAGGAUCUGUCAAGUGUGUCUAGCAGCCCCACCUCUAGUCCCAAAACCAAAAUGGCUACAAUGACUUCUGCUCCUAAGUCUAGCCAAAUUGGCACUGCCCAGCUAUUGAAGAGACAUGUACAACGGACAGAAGCUGUCUUGACCCAUAAACAGGCUCAAGCGCAGUUUGCUGCUUUUCUGAAACAAAACAUGCUGGUGAGGAAAACUCUUCCUCCCGGCACCUCCUCCUGUCUCUUUGUUCCCAUCUCCUCAGAUCAAGCUGAGGAAGCUGACAAAGAAGACCUUCGGGGCCAGCUGAAACGUCAGCAUCCUCCCAGCCCCCCUCCAGGCAGCAAGGCUUCCAAGCGAGCCAAGAUCAAAGUAACCAUUGUCUCUCAUGGGGAUGGAACUAGUGGACCAAGUCUCCCAUCCCAAGGAGGAACCACAGAGGUUUCAGGAGGAAAGCCCAUUACUGUGACUCGUGGGCAAGCUGCUGUAGGUGCCAAGGAGCUAACAGGGCUGCUCACCACAACCAAAUCAAGUGCGGCUUCUGAAGCAGUGUCAGUGAACCCCGCUUCAUCCUCCAUUAUUCCCAACAGUACUGCUCCUAGUGCCUUUCACACUCUGCAGAGUCGCUUGGUGGCCAGUGGUGGUCACUGUGUGGCAGCCUCCCCUGGCAGCACACUCCCAGGGUCCACAUCUGCUAGUAGCCUCCUUCAGGGUCUCAGCUUCAGCCUGCAAGAUAUCAGCAGCAAAACUCCUACCCUCCCAACUAGUGCUUCCCCAGGGCCAGCGACUCAGACCACCAGUGUGAAGUUGCCUACUCCUAUGCAGAGCCUGGGUGCCAUCACCACAGGCACUGGCACCAUUGUGCGUACCAUUCCUGUGGCCACCACUCUCUCCUCCUUGGGUGCCACUCCUGGCGGGAAGCCUACAGCCAUCCACCAAUUGCUGACCAAUGGGGGCCUUGCUAAAUUGGCCAGUAGCCUCCCUGGCCUGGCUCAGAUUUCUAAUCAAGCAGCAGGCUUAAAGGCCCCAACUACCAUUACAGUAACUCUGCGAGGACAACCCAGCCGUGUCACCACACUGAGCCCAAUGGGCACAGGAGCUGCCUCCCUAGAGGAGUCCACUUCUCAGGCUCUGCCUUCUACCCCACAGCGAUUGCCACCAGCUCCUUGAAGACCCAUGUGUAACAUUUCCAUUCUCAUCAUCUGUGAUGGCUGCCUUCCAAUAAGCCCACAGGCACUCAGAUUGCUUUGUGAUGUUGCCUGCCUUCUUGAAGACUUCUUUUGAGACUGUUGUCCUUGUUUGCCUGCUCAAUCUUCAAGGAUAGGCAUCUGAGUCUUAUAGAGCCUCUGGGCUAGGUAACCUCACUCUUCAGCAAAUGCAAUACCACCCUCUGGGAUCUGCAGAUUUUGGCCUCCAGGCCAUCUCCUCCUCCCUUUUCCUCCUUUGCCCUGACCCUAAUCCCCUUUAAGGCAGCAAAGAUCUAUACCAUUGGGGCUUGCCAUUUUGUAGGCAGAUUUACCACAUGGGAUUAGGAGCUUUGAUUCUCAAAGAGAAAAAAGCUUCUUCCCCUUUAGUAGGAUUACCAAGAGGAAAACAAACAAAAGGUGACAUCAUUAAGAAGUCCUGGCUUCCGUGAUAAGAUACUAGCCAAGCCAUUCAGGUGACAUCCAGGCUGGUCAUUAGCCCUUCCCAUCCACCAUGACUGAACCAUGAGUGCGAAUGCUGCAUUUUCGAGAUUGUUUAAUAAAGCUGUUUCUCUUUGAAGGGCUCUGUUGCCCUCUGUGGCAAGAUUGGGAGGAGGCUUUGUGUGUAAGGAUAAGAGGAGAGAGAGCCUAGCUUUCUGACCCUACAUGUGGUCACAAAGGCAAUACAACAGCUUUCUUCUCAGUACCUUAGGGUGUAGGGCAGUGAAUCCAACACAGCUCUUUGAGCUAGAAGUCAAACCAGGAUCCCUGAAGUCCUGAAGGCUCGUUUUCAAUCCAGUUAUAACGAAGGUGAUGAGAACUCAGCUAAGCCCUCUAGCCCCUUUUGACUCAACCCAUCUGUCUGCUAAGUAAGCAGCAGCAUCUGAAGGUGAGGAGAGUGCCCUCCAAGGCCCAUUUCAUUUCACUGUGUAUUGGUUACUUGCAGGAAAUAGAGGGCUAGUGAGUCAGGAAGCACUGUAGAGAAGGAAGUAAGUGAUAGAACAGUCUAAGGGAGCAGCAGGAGACAAGUUUAAUCAAAUUAUUUUAUUCUUGGGCUUAGCAUCCCGUUCAACUUUACUCAAACAUUGGUGUUUGUGUGAGUUGUGGGGACAGGCUAUUAAACCUCAGGAAUUAUUUGGUCAAAUGAAUCAGAAAAGGGAUUGUUACCAGAGGAUGACAAGAAGCCAAGCUGAUCUCUGCUACCUGGUGCUGUGGAGUUUAACCUAACAUGCCAAAUUCUGGACACCUCAUGGUGUAUGGGAGUCAGGAAUGCCGCUCCUUAUUUUCUGGGUGACUAUAUUUUUUAUCUCAUUUGGAAGUUGGAUAUUAUUAGCUCUAGAGAUAAUUAAGUAGUAAGUGAUGAUUAUCAGGUCCAGCGCAGUAAGGAGAAAUGUCUCUGGGGAAGUUUCAUGUUGGAAAUAGAGACCAUCUUCUUCCUAAUUAUUUGACAUUGGAAAGAGAUUUCGGUUUGAUAUCUUAUCUCCUCUUCUUCUCCAACCUCCCUAACAAAUUAAGGUGAACUUGGGAGUGAAGAGAACCAGGCUUUUGCUGCUCCAAUCAAGCAGCCCAACCUAGUUAUUUAGUGGUGGAGGAGUUUACAUCUACUGGUAUAUUAUGCCAGGUGGAGGAUGGUUUUUCUUGUGCCUCUGUGCCUAUUGGACUAAGAGCAUGAUCAACUCCACUAAAUUAGGGCUCUGCUUUUCCUUUGGAAAGGAGACCUCCAGAACAGUUCUCUGUUGACUCCUCAGUGCCACAGCACAUACAGAGGGCCCAUUCUUUUUCAGGUUGGUAGGUAGCAAGUAGGACCUGCAGUUUUGCUUACGUUUUGUUAAUCCUGUGGCUCACAGUGCUCUUUAGAUGUGAGGUUGCUAAACUCCUGAUAGCACUGAAAUGCUGAGUCCUACAGAAGGCAAAUUGUAGGAGCAUUUGAUGGGGAGGAGGCAGAAAUUCCAGGUAUACUUCUAUGGGAACAAAUAUAAAGCAGAAGAUUUAGUUGACAGUGAUCCAGACUACCUAGAAUUGACUUCUAAGCUAAUUAUCUACUCCAUUCAUGUCCCAGGAAAGAUCUAUAAAUUAUUGGAGACUGUUCCCUGACAUAUUAGGUUAGGGUACUGCUGGAGCCAAAAGGUUCAGUCAAAUGAUGAGCACCAGCCUGGACACUAGGGAAAACAAACUAAUACAUCAUUUAGUCUGAUUUGUCUGUACAUGUUUCUUGUUGCCAUAGCUUGAAAAAGAUAUGACAGAACUAGAGAAGAAUAUUAUAGAUUUGAUAAAAAAUUAAGUGGUUCUCCAGGUUGGAGAGCAAAGUUAAAAAUAUGGCAGUUGAAGUCUAUAAAAUUGUGAAGGGUGAAAAUGAAUUUGUUCUCCAGAAUUGUUAAAACUGAAAUGGAGCAAUAAAAACAAGUGCCCUUUAGCAUAACACAGUAAAUCUUGAGGAAUUUGUUACUGUCUGUAAAUGGUCCUAUUCACAUAUGUAAUUGAGGAUCAGGAAUAGUUUAGAUAAAUGCAUGGAAGAUAGAUCUGUUGUCAUUAAAGAAAAUAAGAAGUGCUUUGGAGGACUUCCCUCAACACUGAGGGACCAUCGUUAAGAAGAACAUGUACCCUGGCUGGAAAUGGGGCUGACCUGAUGUGGCAGUUCUUAUGUUCUAUUAACAAUAAACUGUGGCGUGCUGCUAACUUA